ACAGAGUGCGGUUGUGGUUCCAUUUUCAAAUUUGACAGUUCGCGCCAAAACUUGUGACGUUUGAUUGUGAUAACUUUUGACGUUUUGUUUUUUAUUGAUGCUCAGGCCACGCGUUACGGGACGAAGAGAAAGUUUAUUAUUAUAAUAAUAGCAAAACCACAUGUGCAAACCGCCAUAUGUACACCUCUUAGACUACAGAACCUUAGGUAAAUGAACUUAGCAACAUGGCUGACUAUGAUAUCAUGCCGUGUUACGACGAAGACGAGUUGUUCCAAGACAGAAAUGACAGCGUCACAGACCUUCACGCGUAUUACAUGAGUCAAUUCAACCUAGAAUUAGAACAUGGAAAUAAGAAAAAAGACACUUUUAAAUAUGGCGUCGAAGAGAGCUUCGAUUUUGAAGUCUUAGAUAAUUGGAACACCAACAAUGUUAAUGACUUUGGAGGUAUGAACAAUGCAAUUGAAAGUAGUAUAAACGAACAGAAUAUUAAAGAGGUGCUGCUAGAUCUAGACAGCAUUGAGUUUGAAGAAAAAGAUAUCUCAGUAGAUACCAAAGUGACGGAGCACAAACAAUUCAAAACAAAUGACUACAUAGACGACGAGUCGCUAAUUGAUGAGCUUUGUAGAGAAGAAGGCGAAACGUGCCGAUUAACACCUGAAGGCUUCAACGAAGAAUACCUGUCUACAGCUACUAAUGAAAAGAACCUAUUGCCUUCAAUAGAAACAGUAUUUUCCAAAAGAUAUUGUUACAACACUACAGAAGAUCAAUCGCACAAUUAUACCAAUGUAAACGAGACGGUCCUUCCAAACAACGAAGUAGUAAUAGAAAAUCUAGAUCACUACAGCUAUCCAAAUAACAUACUGUACAAUUUGGAUGCUGAGAAGCAGUACAUUUUACCUGAUACCCCUACCAGUUGUACAGAAUUUAAUUUUGAAGCUGGUAAUCGGAAAGUAUCAGUAUCAGAAUCUAUUGAGAGUGAUGUACAGAGUUCGAGUUAUUAUGACGAAAAUUCCGAAACCUUUGACGAGGAAGAUCUUUUCAUUAAUUUAGAUGAUUUCGGUCUACAUUUCGAGAAUGAAAAUGAAGAAUAUCAGUCGGGGAAGGCGCAGAAUGAAGCGAAAGCAGAAAAGGAAAACAUUCAAGGUGAAAAAGUAUGUUUAUGGGAACACUGUUACGAGCGGUACCCGAAUCAAAACACCUUGGUGGAGCACAUAGAGCGAGCCCAUGUCAACAGCUACAAAGGCGACGAAUUCAGCUGCCUCUGGCGAGAGUGCGCGCGCGCACGCCGCCCGUUCAACGCGCGCUACAAGCUGCUCAUACACAUGCGCGUCCACUCCGGACACAAGCCUAACCGGUGCCAUCACCCUGGUUGCGGCAAGGCGUUCUCCCGGUUGGAGAACCUGAAGAUUCACAUCAGGUCGCACACCGGCGAGAGACCCUACACCUGCCCAGCACCUCACUGUAGGAAGGCUUUCUCCAACUCCUCGGAUAGAGCUAAGCACCAAAGGACUCAUUUCAAUGCGAGGCCGUACGCCUGCGGUGCUCCUGGCUGCGGCAAGAGGUACACGGAUCCCUCUUCCCUCAGGAAGCACGUCAAAUCCCACCCUCACAUCGCCAACGCACCCAGAACCUGCAUAGCACCCUCCAGACCCAUGAGGAGACCAGACCAUGAACAGCUGGUGCCCAGCUCGCCAGCCAAACUGGCGACUUUAAGGUGUAUACGGGAUAAACUUACUGUGCCAAAGAUGCACAGGAUGUAGAGACAACUAU